AAACCUCCAUUGCAAUUGAUUAUUUAUUUAUUUAUUAAAUUUUAUUUAAAAACUGGUCUAUAGAAUUGACUCAUCUUCUUCCCAACUCAAGAAACAAAGAUCCAAAGAAAGAAAGAAAGGAAGGAAGAAACAAGGUAAGUAAACAUGAUAGCCAAUGCCUCCUCCUUCUUCCUCCUCUUCCCUUCAAGCUCAAGCCGCGAUGCCAAGAAAUCACACACCCUCUUCAACAAGGCCCCAAAGCCAUCACAGAUACUGUGCGGCAUAAACAUAGGAGACUUCAGCCAAGAGUAUGGAGGAAAUGCUAACAGAGCUCUGAGCCUGACCCUUUUCUCCCCCUGCAAGAUAGAGCUGACGGGGGCAGCCAGAAAGCGGCAGGCCGACUCGGUCCCGACGUCUCUGUUCCAUGCAGUGAGCUUGGGGGACACAAUUGAAUUCUCUGUGCUGCCGGACAGGACUAAAGAUGAGGUGUUCAAUGUUUCCGGUGUCCCGAUCGACGAGGCCAAUUUGUCUCAGAUCAGCAAGGCACUGGACCUCUACAGAAGAAAGACUCGGUCGAAAACCUCCUUUUCGGUAUGCAUCAGGAGAAAAGUGAGAGGUGUGGGAGAUGCGAGCAGUAGCAAUGCUGCAACUGCCCUUUGGGCUGCCAAUGAACUGAGUUGGGAUCCGGUCAGUGAAGAUAGGCUUAAGCAUUGGUCGAGUGAAGUUGGUCCUCAAGUGCCUUUCUAUUUCUCUCAUGGAACAGCCUAUUGCAAUGGCAAAGGAGAGGUUGUCGAGGCCAUCACAACCCCGGUGCCAUUCCAGUUCCCUGUGCUGGUGAUCAAGCCUAAAGAAGGAUGCUCAAUUGUGGAUGUUUACGAUAGGCUUCGGAUGAAGAAGACCACUUCAUUUGACCCGUGGAGGAGGUUGAUUAAGAAUGUUGUUCAAUAUGGACAACAACAGGAUGCUCUUAUUAAUGGUUUAGAGACUCUUGGUUUUGAAGUACUUUCCUCGCUUAAAAUGUUGAGGAAGUUUAUGCAAGAAGCCAACCCCGAACGACGCCUCAUUGCUUUCGUGAAAGAAAGUGGAAGUACAGUUGUAGGGAUCGGCUCAUUGGCUCAUUCAUCAGUCACUGAUGAAUUCAAGGAUGCAUUUUUCUCAGAGGCCUGUUUCAUAACACGAGAAGAGAAUGAAUGGUAUGAAGACGUGAAUCACCAGUUGCUCAAUACAUCCUCUACUACUGCAACUUGGGGCGGCACUGACCAACAUUUAUACAUGUAAUAAAUAAAUAAUUAUAUAUCAAACUGUUCUUGUUGAGAUUAUAGUGAUUAUGUUGUUGAACUUGAUGGAAUUGGAUGAGGACUAUCAGUGGCUUUCCAUUAGUUUUCUUUAUGGGAUUUUGUUUCUCCGUAAGAUGAGUUUACAUGUUAAAGUCGUAAUAAAUAAAUUUGUAU